CGACCCGUUUGUAGUUGAAGAGCUCUUAGCCUGAAGAACUCCACAACCACCCUCAGUUCAUCCCCAAUGCCGGCGAUGGAGGCCGCCGUCUCCUUGUCCAAUCUCUCACGCUCGCCAUCCAAGUUUCUCCGGACUACGAUCCAUACGAGCUCCCGGAACGCUUCCCAGCAUCUCGGUCCUCUCGGGAAAUCUCGGGUUCUGAGCCUCUCUGUUCGGCAUUCUUGUAUUGAAGUAAAGAGGGUUAAUUAUCGGCCUCCUGGGACUCAGCACAACCUAUUGAAUGAUGUUAGCUUUUCCCUUCCAGAGAAAAGCUUUGGCUUGAUUUUUGGACGAAGUGGUAGUGGUAAAACCACUCUGUUGCAGCUUCUUGCUGGACUUUCAAAGCCUACAUCAGGCUCAAUUUAUGUUCAGAGAUAUGGAACAGAUGGAAAUGCAAACUCUUCUCCUGAGAGUUUGUCAUCAGAAAGGGUGGGCAUUGUCUUUCAAUUUCCUGAGAGGUACUUUUUGGCGGAUACUGUACUUGAGGAAGUAACCUUUGGGUGGCCAAGGCAGAAGGCAGAUCUUGCCAUGAGACAACGACUUGCUCUGAAUCUCCAGUAUGCGAUCAACUCAGCUGGAUUGAAUACAAUUCCCUUGGAUGAAGACCCACAUUCUUUAAGUGGUGGCUAUAAGAGACGCCUAGCCUUGGCAAUUCAAUUAGUUCAAAAGCCAGAUCUUCUUUUGUUAGAUGAGCCUCUUGCAGGCCUUGAUUGGAAAGCUCGUGCGGAUGUGGUCAAGCUGCUAAAGCAUUUAAAGAAAGAGCUAACUUUGCUUGUUGUGAGCCAUGACCUUAAGGAACUCUCAGAUUUGGUAGAUAGAUCAUGGAGAAUGGAAAUGGGAGGAGUCCUGAAAGAGGAACCUUUGCCAAUCUGAAGUUCUACUCAUCAAACAGGAAUUCAAUCAAAGAAUGUAUCAUCGCAGUGCUAGGAGCCUCAAUAUUGUGCAUUUUUUUCUGUGACAAAAUUGAGUUCAGUACCAUUGCACAUAUUUGUGAAAUAAGAAAUGAAAAUCAAUUGUCAGCACAUGAGACAAUCA